CGCUGAGCCCGGCGCUGUCCGCAACGCAUUGAGGUGAAUGCGGCUCGGAGCGGCCCUCCGACGACUGGUUUCUGCCCCAGGCAUGGACCUAUUUGCUCAUGUAAUGGGGUGAGGUAAGGAAGAGAUGUGAAAAAGCCACGCAGCAAGCUUGCACCCUACACUCAUGUCUGUUAUAGGAAGAAAUGGAAUCUUAUUUUGUUUGCCUUUUAUAUGUACAUACUUGUGUGUUUGGGUUACUUUCCUUGGGCAAAUUCCUUGGGAAGCACUGGCCUAGGAGAGGGUGAGCACCCAGAAGCAUGGGCUGAGAGAUGCCAGCCUCCCAAGACCUCAGACAAAGUUGUUGCAGCCAGUGCUGAAUUCGGGGUGACCUCCCUGCAGGGAUCACAAUAAUGAGCCCAGCUGUAGCCUGCCUUUUGAACAGCCAGGACAUAUGCUCUUGAAAGAAGAAACCCAGGAAUCUGAAGAGUAGUUUUCAAGGCCACAGCCUUUCCCCUUUGCUACUUUCCAGGCUUUAAAACUACAAAUUAUUGACUGGGAAAGGCAGACAUCAUGUUCACAGCACCUGGCAUGGCUGCGUCCCGGGAAAGACCUUAUUCCUGCAGUGUGUGUAGCAAGAGCUUUCAGUAUAGUGCAGUGCUGCUGCGGCACGAACGUGCCCAUGGUGGCGACAAGCGUUUCCGCUGUCUAGAGUGUGGUGAACGCUGUGCUCGAGCAGCAGACCUACGUAUGCACAGGUGGACCCAUGCUGGCCAGACCCUCUAUAUCUGCAGCGAGUGUGGCCAGAGCUUCAGUCGUAGUGGCCUGCUGGAUCUGCACCUGGGAACGCACCGAAGGCGUAGCCACACCUACCCUUGCCGCCUCUGUGGCCGUCGCUUCCCUCAUGUCCCUGCGCUGCUGCUGCAUCGGGUUCGCCAGCACCCACCUGAGAAGCCCCACCGUUGCCCUCUGUGUGCCCGCUCUUUUCGGCAGAGUGCUCUUCCUUUCCACCUUGCACGGGCACACCCCCCUGAGACUACCACUGCCACCGCCCCUUCCCCCAGCACGCUCUACCACUGUACACAGUGCCCACGGGCCUUCCAUAGCAGUGCUGGGCUGCGGAACCAUUCCCGCAUCCAUGUGGUCCCCAGCCUCGGUGACCCUGGCACUGAGGCCCAUCGAUGUGGCGUAUGUGGUAAGAGCUUCAGCAAGAGUUCCACACUCACACGACACCUCCAGAGGCACUCUGGGGAAAAGCCUUUCAAGUGCCCUGAAUGUGGUAAGGGCUUCUUGGAAAGUGCCACACUCGUGAGGCACCAGCGAACACACACUGGGGAGAAGCCAUAUGCCUGUGGUGACUGCGGACGCUGUUUCAGCGAGAGCUCCACAUUGCUGCGUCACCAGCGCAGCCACCAGGGUGAAAGGCCGCACGUGUGUGCCACUUGUGGCAAGGGCUUUGGACAGCGGUAUGAUCUUGUAGUGCACCAGCGUAGCCACACAGGGGAGAGGCCUUUCCCGUGCCCUGAGUGUGGCCGGGGCUUCACAGACCGCUCGGACCUCACCAAACACCUGCGCACACACACAGGGGAAAAGCCCUACCACUGUGAGCUGUGUGGCAAGCGAUUCACCUGCAUUUCCAACCUCAAUGUACAUUUGCGCAACCAUGCAGGCCAUAAACCACACAAGUGCCCAGAGUGCGGCAAGUCCUUCAGUGUUGCCUCCAAGCUUGCACUGCACAGAAAGACACACCUAGGUGAGCGGACAGCGGAGUGCACAGAGUGUGGCAAAUUCUUUAGCCAUGGCCGGUCACUAUCACAGCACCAGCGGUCCCACAGAAGGGCUCGAGCAGCUGCAAUGGCAGCCACCACUACCACCACCACUGUAGUCACUGAAGUGACAAUAGGUCCUACUCUCACUCUCACAGGGCCAACAGAACAGGAGAAAUCAGGGCUCUUAGUAUCCCCAUUUCAGGAAACUUGCUAAGAGGGCUCCAGGAAGUGGCUGGGUGAACACACAUUCAGUCCCAAAGAAAAUCUCAGAUGGUUUGGGAAGCCAGACCUGCUAUUGUAACAUUGUUGCUAGCUUUGUCUCUAAAUGGAAAUCCCCACCAGUUCUUCUAUCAUCCAUCCUUGUAUUCCCCAACUCUUGAGUACUAGGAGUCAGGGAACCGAUGUCACAGCCCUAUGCAAGACACACUAGGUGCUUGUGUUCUGUUGUUGCCAUUCUGCUCCGUAACAUGGGCCUGAGCUAUCUUUGCUGCCUCUUCAGGCAACAUAUUUGGUCAGUCAGGUCUCUUCUGUCUGUUAAUCUCUACUGAUUUCUCUUGCUUGAGACAUAGUUGCAGAGGUAACAUACAAGCAGUAUGAGAGAGUGGAAUGGCUCCCUUCAUUAAAGGACCAAGAUCUGUGGCAAGUUUCUCCCUUGCAGAGGUACCUAGCAUACAUGUAGGCAGGCCAAGUCUUCAGCCUGGCCAUCCAUAUAUCUUUUGACAAGAUGCCUCUUAGGGCCCAACAAGAUGGUUAGGCAGAUAAAGGUACCUGUGGACAACCUGAAUUUGAUCCUUUGAAUCCACAUAUGUACUAUGGUACAUGUGCACACACAAAGAAGUGUACAUUUUUUUUCUUCAAUAAAUGGCUCUUAGGACAGUUUUCUCUAACAAGGUAGGAAAUGUUUGUCUUGGUAUACAGAAGACUAUUUGGCUCCAUAAAGCCCAGUGAUACUGUGUGAAACAAAAGAUUUCCAGAUGAAGCUUCAAGGCCCAAGAAAACAAGUUACCUGAAGUCCUGGGCAAGAGCAGGAUGUAAAGUCUGGAACUGGUCAAUGACUGUUUAUAGCUGGUGAUAUUGUUACUUUCUUGGGUUUGUGACACCAAGAGCCCCUUUGUCAAAAUGAAUUCCAAGUUCUCUUCCCUUUUGGUGGUGGUUUCUUCAUUGCUGUGACAAAAUGCCUAAGAAAAUCAACUUAAAGGUUUAUUUUGGCUCAUG